AUGAGCAUCCUUCCCCGGGCUGCCGCCGCAGUCUCCGCGCCGCACACGCCGAUCCGGCUGCUCGCGAGAAGGUUGGCCGCCAUGGCGGAGCCGCUCAAGUCUGUGGACUACGAGGUGUUCGGGAGAGUUCAGGGUGUUUGUUUCAGAAUGUACACAGAAGGAGAAGCUAAGAAAAGAGGUGUGGUUGGCUGGGUGAAGAAUACAAGUAAAGGCACCGUGACAGGUCAAGUGCAAGGCCCUGAAGAAAAAGUCGAUUCCAUGAAGUCCUGGCUGAGCAAGGUUGGAAGUCCAAGUUCUCGCAUCGACCGGGCAGAUUUUUCUAAUGAAAAAACUAUCUCUAAACUGGAAUACUCUGAUUUUAGUAUUCGGUACUAAUGGAGGAAAAAUAUCAAUUGCAGUGCUUACAUUGUAGAAAACAAAACAUAUUCUUCAGUUUAUAAUAAAUAGUAGGCAAGUAGGAUUAAAAAUGGAAACUUUCUGUUCUGGAAACUAUAGAAUUAUACAUUACUAAAAUAUCUGAAACUGAAAAAGUAUGUACUUACCUAUGCUUUUUAGCAAGCAGAAACUAAAUAUAAUUUAAAAUGUCAUAAAAUAUCUGAUAUGAACAUUCAAGUGAAAUGUUGACUUAUAGAGUCUCCCUUUCAGAAAACAUUGCAGUAUAGAUGUUAUUUGGCUAGACAUGAAAUAAAAUUAACUAUCUAAAAUUACCUUUGUGUACUGCUGCCUAGUAAGUCUGAAUUUUAAUGUCCUCUGAAUAAUAAUUUAUUAAAGUUGAGUGAUUUGUAUUGU